CAAAAUUAUUAUUUCCUUGGGUUAGGACGUGGCUUAAAAGGAAUGGCUUGUUGUUGAGGGAGGAAUGUGUGGUGAGUGGCGAGGGAAGCGUAAGGAAUAUCAUGGCCAGUCCUCUGCUUCUCUUCAGAAACACUACUCUCUCCACUUUGCACAACCACUACCGUCACCACCGCCCUCCCCUCCCUGCCGUUCUCUUCUCCAUCAAAAGAAGGCGGUCUCAUUCCCUCUAUUCCACUCAGAUGGAAGGAAGUGAAAUCACGGAGGAAGUGGAGGUGACUGUAAAAAAGACAAUUUUUGUCGCCGGAGCUACCGGGAAUACGGGGAAAAGAAUUGUUGAGCAGCUUCUGGCAAAGGGCUUUGCAGUCAAGGCCGGAGUUCGCGACUUGGAUAAGGCCAAAACUACUUUUCCCGGUGGGAAUCCGUCUCUUCAAAUUGUGAAAGCGGAUGUAACCGAGGGUUCAGUGAAACUAGCUGAAGCCAUUGGUGAUGAUUCUGAUGCUGUAAUAUGUGCCACCGGUUUUCAACGAUCCUGGGAUUUACUUGCACCUUGGAAGGUUGAUAAUUUUGGCACCGUGAACCUUGUUGAAGCAUGUCGGAAACUUGGUGUGAAUCGAUUUAUUCUUAUCAGUUCCAUUCUAGUCAAUGGAGCUGCAAUGGGGCAGAUACUUAAUCCAGCUUACAUCUUCCUCAAUGCAUUUGGGCUCAUCUUAAUAGCGAAGCUUCAGGCAGAGCAGUAUAUAAGGAAAUCUGGUAUAAAUUACACAAUAAUAAGGCCUGGUGGGUUGAGAAAUGACCCCCCCACAGGGAAUAUUGUCAUGGAGCCAGAGGAUACUCUCUCUGAAGGCACCAUAUCCAGAGAUCAUGUUGCAGAGGUUGCUGUUGAGGCAUUAGUCCAUCCUGAAGCUUCUUACAAAGUUGUGGAGAUCGUUUCUCGCACUGAUGCUCCUAAGCGAUCCUUUAAGGAUCUUUUUGCUUCCAUUAAGCAACGGUGAUUUCAAGUUUAGAUUUGGAUCAGAGCAUGAAAUGUAGAGUAAGAACUUUCUCUUAUAGCUUGCUUCUUUCAAUUCAGUUUUGGGUACCUAUGUUAUGCUUAUGUAUAAUUUCCUUUACCUUUUCUUCAUAAAUUUGGUUAAAAAAAAAAAAAAACAAUUUUCUGUGUGAUGAGACUGCAUCCAAAGCAGGAUUGAAAAACACUAUCCCUUGAAUGCAACAAAGAAUACUCACUUCAAUUAAA